UGCAUGCACUGUGUGUGUGAGUGGUGAGUGUGCGGUGGAGUCUGUGUAGAAGAUGUUUAGAAAGCUGAAUUGGAAGAGCGCGGAAUAAAUCCUCGUCUGUUUCGAACCAAGGAGCUUAAAAACCUUCUUCGGAAGACCUUACAGAUGAGUCUGAUCCUGAUUGCCAUGUGAGGAGUGAUAUGUAAGCCCAGGUGUCAUCCCACCUUUUGGGUGGUGGGGAGAAGAAAUGCGGUGCUCUAUUACCAUGACAACAAGACUUAUCGUUCUAACCUGGCUCGUACAGACAAGGGCAUGGGGCAAUCCCAUUGUGCCAGUGCCCGAGGCAGGGGAGAGAGAGCGGCUGGAGCGGGCACUGAACCAUUCCAAGCAUGGUGUGGUGAACUCUAGUGGCCAGCAGCACCUGGAGGAGAUUGAUAAUCUAGGACUGGAAGGAGUGAGAGGAGGCAACAGAACUAGCAGUAGCAAAAUGAAACCUACCUGGAGCUCCUUAAAACGAGGACCCAAACUUCAGGGAAAAACACAGGAGGUCUUGGCUGAGCAGAACUCUGUAAAGAAAACUGAUGAAGAUCCAACUGGAGAGGCCAAUGCCUCAGUGGACACCACAGAUGAGUAUGCUUACCCUGAUUAUAGAGGCAAGGGCUGCAUGGACGAAACAGGGUUUGUGUAUGCCAUUGGCGAGAAGUUCACUCCUGGACCCUCUACAUGCCCUUGCCUGUGCACAGACGAGGGACCCCUGUGUGACCAGCCUGAGUGCCCAAAAGUGCACCCUCGUUGUUUACGUGUGGACACCAGUCAGUGCUGUCCACAAUGUAAAGAACAGAAGAAUUACUGUGAAUUCAGAGGAAAGACCUACACAUCACUGGAGGAGUUCAAGGUGUCUCCAUGUGAGAAAUGCAGAUGUGAACCCAGUGGGGAGGUUUUGUGUUCUGUGUCAGCUUGCCCGCAGACAGAGUGUGUGGAUCCCAUAUAUGAGCCUGACCAGUGCUGCCCAGUGUGCAAGAGCGGACCCAACUGUUAUGCGGACACUGCAGUGAUCCCGGCUGGCCGCGAGGUUAAGAUUGACGACUGCACCAUCUGCUAUUGCACGUAUGAAGAAGGGACCUGGCGCAUUGAACGUCAGGCCACCUGCAGCAAGAACGAGUGCCAACAAAGCUAGGGCUACCUAGCGCUCACACCACAUCCAGCCUUCACCUGGACAGCUGUCAGUCAGGAGGAUGCAGCCCAGCUGGGCUUUGUAACAGACUAACAGCAGCACUGAGUCUCAAACACUGCUGGGAUUACAUUUGUCAUGACUGUUUAUGACAGCUCGUCACGAUCUGACCUCAGCCUGUCAGUAGCAUUGUCAGUUAGCCUCGGAGAAAGGCCAGUGUUUAGGCCACAUUGUUCCACAUUCCACAUGCUGUUGUGGAGCCUGAAAUAUGACAGUGUGUCAUGUAAAGUGCUAUGU